AUGAAGAACCGAAAAAAGGAAAUUUUUCAGUCUGUGGCAGUUCUUUUCUUCUCUCUAUUUGUAGCUCAAGGUGGCCGUGUAACUCAAAUUACCCCAACAACUGGAAGUUUGCUUGGAGCAACAAGAUUAACGAUACAUGGAGAAGGAUUUGCACAGAAUCAGUUCAACGAGUUUGAGAAAGAGUUGGGCAAUAACGUCACCCUUGUAUCAGUCUCUCGCGCCCAUGUUGUACCUUGUGACGUUAUCUCGUACUACACGACCCCGUAUCGAAUAGUUUGUCAAACGAGACCCUCCCCGUCAGGAGAAGAUAGCUAUAACAUACGAGUGUUAGUGGAUGGGAAGUGGCUGCAUAACACAGGUGUAAAUGUGUAUUGCCGAGGAGAAUGUUUAUUUAAGUACACUGAAACGAAGACACCAACAAUUACUUCAAUAACACCGAAAUAUGGACUACCUGGAUCACUGUUGGAAAUUCGUGGAAGGAUGUUUACAGAUCAAGUUAUUGAAACAGAGGACUUUGACCCAGAGUUAUCCUCAAUUGAAAGGAUUUUUGCUGGUGCGGAUUUGUGCGAGGCUAAAGACCCAGAAACAGACCAACUAUAUGGAAUAAAAAUAGAAGACCAAAAAACCAAGACGGGUUAUAUAAAAUGCAAACCUGUUUCACCACUGAUAGGAUCACAAAGAGUUUCCUUCUUGGUUUCCGGUUAUGGCCGAUCCCGGAUGUCUAAAGAUGUCAUUUCAGUUGAUUCUCAGGACAAACUUUACCUUUUCCAAAGUCAUGCAGAUGUUGUUGAAGUCAGCCCGGCUGUUGGCAGCACGGCAGGUGGGACAGUUCUUACAAUAAAAGGCAAAGGUUUUGAUGUAAGAGCAAAAAAAGUUUCAGUUGCAGUUUCAGGUGUACCUUGUGAAAUAAAAUCAAUAGAAACAGACAUUAUUAAAUGUCAAAUAAGUGAGGCCCCUCUGGUAGAUAACGAUGAAUUUUACUCAGGGAAUCGUGGCCUAUUAGGUGAGGUACCGUUGCGCAACCGCACCAGCUCGUUUUCUGUAUCAGGAAACGGAGGACUGAGAAAUACGGCUUCCGAAGUGUUACCCGAAGCAAGUUCAACAUCAUUCAGUGACCGACUGCGAGGCUUCUUUAUACCACCAUCAGACAAUAACUACACGUUUUAUAUACAAGCUGAUGAUCUGGCCGAGUUAUACCUAAGUGGUAACGAAUCUGCCUCGGCUAAGACCAAAAUUGCAUCCUGUCCCAAGGCGUCAGCCAGUUGGUCUGACUUUCCAGAGCAGAAGUCGAUGAUGGUCUCUCUGAGAAAAGGCCAGUAUUAUUACUUGGAAACUGUUCAUGUGCAGGGUGGCGGCAAAUCCCAUCUGAUGGUUGGAGUCAAAAUGCAGAACACGCGUCACGUGAAUUCGCAAACUGGCUCGGCAGUAAACGAGAAGCAGCAAAUUCUCUUGAAUUCCGUGAAACGUCCUGAGAUACAAGUGAUUAACAUUACCAGCUGGGAUGACGGGAAAUUGUUUGAGGUGCAAAUUGUGAAUGUCAUCAGAUCUUGUAAGCAAACCAAAGGGAAUAACACUCUCUAUGAGGAAGUAUUUUUUCUAAGUUACAAUGGAGACAAUACUGUUCCACUGCCGCUGAACAGUAUGACCGCUAAAAUGCUUCAGUGUGCAAUCAACAAUCUCACAAGGAUCAGGAAACAGGGAGAAGUUGAUGUAACUGAACUAGUGGCCAACAACAAGUCCACUUCCUAUCGAGUUACUUUUCUCUUCAAGGAUCCCCAAAACACAAACAUGUUGCGAUCCAAUGUAACAUGGGUUAAUAUUACACGAGCACAGAAAGGGGUCCCAGGUAACUAUUUCUGGAAGCUUUCUUUGGCUGGAAGAAUAUCAGGAAACAUGCACAUAAAUGCAACAGAAAAUGACGUCAAACGACAGCUCCUGGAUAUGAUUGGCUGGCACUGUAGCUACCAAACACCUCCAGACCGCGCCUAUUAUUAUAACGGUUUUGAAACUCCAUCCUUGGGCCCCGAAUACGGUGAACGGGUGCUGAAACAAACAGCAAAUUGCGGUCGGUUUUCUUUGAAGAACCCUAAGUAUAUUUUCUUUGGUGGCCAGACAAAGGACAAAUGGGGAAGAAUCUUACAAGGCUACGAUGUUGCUCGAUAUGAACAAGACGAUUCCUCCUUCUUAAAACCAUCUUUAGCUGGUACAUUCAUCGUCACAGUAGUUCAAAUAGGAAAGAUGAAGGACUUUAUCGAUUUCCGGAUAUCAUAUACAGACAAGUUUGGUGCUGAUCAGCAGUCGUGGAGGAAGUACAGCAUUGUUACUAUCCCGGAUGGAAAAUGGCAUCAGCUGUGUAUAAAUGUUCAUGAUAGGGUUUUACAUGAUGUAAACGUAAAGGCUGAUUUGCGUUAUAAGAUAUACGUUGAAGUUAUCAGUGUAUCACGUGAUUUGAAAGCAGAUAUUUCAUUCGACGACGUUUUCAUAUGGAGUGACCCGGUAAUGGUACAAAGACUUCUCCACGCUUCCGAACCAGGGGGGAACAUCAUAGAAUCCGUGGAUGUGCAGAGUCUGGGACCGAGUGUUUGGUCUGUGUCAAUGACUCCAUCAUGCUGCGGAACUGGUUUUGAGCUACUGCAGGUUGCAGAUGCAAUAUUGGUCGGUGGUAACGCCACAUCCGACCAGGCGGUAUUCAGGCCGACUAACUCCACCGAGGACGCAAGCAUUUCUGUGUCACGUUUUCAAGCUGCUACUCCUCCAAUAGGAGGGACUUUCGACAUCUUCUUGGAAAAUUAUAACGUGAAAGGCAUUCCUGCCAACAUAUCGGCAGAAGACCUCAAGUCCACUCUGGAAAGCAAUUUUGAUAUCGGUAAGGUCAGCGUCAAAGGUUUUGGAACAUGUUCGUCAUUUUCUUGGACGAUAGAAUGGGCGACCACAGGAGGAGAUCAGCCCGCUAUCAGAGUCGAUGGAAACGGCUUGACAGGAAACAACGUGUCAGUCAAAGCUGUUACACUCGAUGACGGAGGAUUGUUUUUGAGGCCAAUCCCCGGUGAUAUGCUGCGUGUAGCUGAAAGAAAGCCUCAGGUGACAGUUAUGUUUGACAACAUUCCGUCAAGCUGUUUCAAUAGAAAUUGUUCUUUCACAUUUUCAUCUUCGAUUACUCCAACUCUCUCUACAAUAUCUCCACAACGCGGAACCAAAGGAACACUUAUAACAUUAACCGGAAGUGGUUUCUCUACCAGUGCACAGGAAGUCAACGUCACUAUUGGUGAAGCUCUCUGUCACGUAAUAAGUAUCGGUGAAACAACCCUUAAGUGUACCGCUGGCCAGUCGUCUGGUGGAUCACACGAUGUUGUCGUUAAAGUGGGAAAUAAGGGUUUUGCAAAGCAUGUUAGUGGACAGAUCAACUUUAGCUAUGAGGUUUAUGUGAGCGGGAUAACACCAAACAGAGGAAGUAUCGGAGGAGGAACAUAUGUUGUUAUAACGGGUGAUGGAUUUGGUUUGAUGCCAGGCAAUAGUAGCGUGACGAUCAGUGGUUCUGUUUGUAACAUACUCAGCAUUAAGCUGACAGAAAUAACUUGCGUCACGACACCCCACGACGUUAGUAACGCCAGCGUCACUGUCGCCACCGGUGAUAAAAUUGGCACACUGUCAAAUUCUUUCUGGUACGACUCAGGAUUUACCCCUUUGAUUUCAUCAAUGAGUAGCUUAGAGGGUAGUGUCAGCGGCGGCGAAGACAUUUUAAUUAAGGGAAGUGGAUUUGGGGUCCAAAAAGGGACCAUUAAAAUAGGCUCUCGUCCAUGCGAAGUGACUUUGUAUUCCGACUUACUUAUAAAAUGCACUACUCCCGCAAAUGCUCCAGGGACAUAUGACGUUCUCAUUUGCGUUGACGGAAAGGGCUGUGCGGUUAACGCAACUAUGGGUUUCAGGCCUCCCAAGUUUAAAUACGUAUUAGAAGUCACUGGUGUGUCUCCUUCGCAAGGCUCAGUCUUUGGAGGAACUCUUCUAACUGUAGCUGGCCGUGGCUUCAGUGAUAAUUCUUCAGCUGUUUCAGUAAUUAUUGGCGACGUUCCUUGUAACGUUUUGUCGAGUAGAAACACAGAAAUACUCUGUAAGACUGACGCCUCAUCUACCACUCACAAAGUGGACAACACUGGAAUUCAUCCUGAGUACGGAAUUGGAUACGCAUGGAAUCCACAAACGAUUGCUAUUAACGCUGGUGACUCUAUAAAGUGGCAGUGGACAAGUCCCGAAUUGUCAGGCUUGAGUUAUGGUGUACAACAAACACGUGACGCGUCUAGCGCUUUGUAUGAUGGAAAAGGGUUCAAGAGCUCCCGCAGUGAAAGUGGCCAUUUUACUAAGCAGUUUAAGUUACCCGGAACAUACUUUUAUUCAAGUGGGGCAGUAGACCCUUAUGGAGCUAUUGUCAUGAAAGGAAAAAUUGUUGUCAAGGAAAUCAAGAGUAAGUCCGUGGACGUCAGGGUGCAAGUUGGAGCAAUUUUGGCUCCAUAUAACUCGACGAGUCCUAAGUUCCCGGAUGCUGGUUCUUCUGAUUGUCAGUUAGGUGUGACGAAUGCCAUACCAAAAUGCAUCUCCUCAGACCCGUUACCAAGUAACCUCUCCUCGUAUGGUUUCACAUUUGGGAAGUGUAGUACACCAGAAGUGACUUCAAUAAUCCCUAACAGCGGAACCAGCUCGACACUUGUUACCUUAAAAGGCAAAGGUUUUGGACUCAUUAAUUGCCAGAAUGAGGUCAAAAUUGGCUCCAGUGAUUGUACGGUUCAAAGCUCUGCAGAGGAUAAAAUAACCUGCUUGGUGACGACUAGAAAUCAGUUGAGUUCAGGUUCACCUCAUAGUGUUUAUCUACGUGUGAAGAACAGAGGAUUUGCCCUCAUUAAAGUACAACACGAACAAAAUGCUUCAUUUACUCUGCAGCCAAGAAUACAUACUGUAUCCCCACAGGCAGGUUCCAUAAUGGGAGGCUCCAUUCUUACCAUCACAGGAGAUGGUUUCUCUCCGGUCCCUGAGGUGCAAGUGGGCGGAGUACCAUGUCAGAUUUUAGCAUCAAGCUACACCCAGCUCAAAUGUCAAACAGCAGCCGGGAAAGCUUCACAGGUGCUACCCGUCGUAGUUAAAGUCAAUGGAAUGGAAAGCAAUUGUGGUUCUAGCUGCACUUUCACUUACUCAGAUGCUAAAACACCACGAAUAGAUUCGGUAACCCCUUCAGUUUUUGUCGGAGACGAAAAUACUAUCCAUAUAUACGGUUCUGGUCUUCCAAGCAAAACUUCAGAUUUGGAAAUUAAGAUUGGGAAUAGCCCUUGCAUCGUGACGUCUUUGUCGCAGUACUCGGCAUCUUGCCGGGUUGGCCCUGUUGUGGCAGGGAAGCAUAAUUUGAAGAUUCACCACGGACCACAAGGCCUUGCUAUGUUUGAGGCCGGAGCUUCAGAUAUGAUUAAUAGCCUUGCUGUAGUGUCGAGUAUAACACCGACUGAGGGAAGUAUCAUGGGCGGUACAGAAUUGUCAAUCAAAGGAAGCGGAUUUGAUCCUACCGCUGGCCACACCAAUGUGAGGAUUGGAGCUAACUAUUGUAGUGUUGUGCGAGUGACGUCAUCAGAAGUUGUCUGUAGGACUUCCGCCCACGACCCAGGAUCCUAUGAGGUCAUAGUGACAGCAAACUCCAUCACUUUCCCUCGUCUCCGUUAUGCAUACCGAACAUUUAUCACUCCAUAUGUCAAGUCAGUAUCACCAGCUCGUGGAAAAGGAGGAAAGACAGUCAGCAUUUAUGGCUCCGGCUUCUCUUCAAAUACAGCUGACGUGCAGCUGACCGUUGCAAACGUCUCUUGCAGUGUUGAGACCAGCAGUGAAACGCAUGUGACAUGCAUACUAGGUAACAGUCCGGCAGGGAUCUACAAUAUUAAUCUUCACGUUAAAAGCAAAGGACUCGCUGCCUAUCCUUCUUUAAAACCAGUGAAAUUUUUUUAUGAAAUAUCCUUGGACAGUAUUUGGCCAAAUGAUUCCGGGCUUGGAGGUGGCAGGAUUGUGUCUAUCAAAGGACACGGGUUUGAUUCAUCCACUAUUGUGAGAAUCUGCGACAAUAUUUGUGUGAUGGUUAACAGCUCGCUGAACGAGAUUUAUUGCGAGGUUCCACCAUAUACAAGACAAGCAGACAGGCCUGAUAUCAACUGCUCUGUAAGUGUGGUAGGAGACAGUGACGUGUCGUCAUCAAAGUCAGGUUUGUUUGCAUAUCGAGAAUCUCUCACCUCACGUAUUACCUCAGUGACCCCGUCACUUGGUGGGACUGGUGGUGGAGCCCAGCUAACCAUAAAAGGAAAUGGAUUUAGUCCAAAUAAAGACGGAAAUAAAGUCUUCAUUGCUGGAAUUCCCUGCGAAAUGACCUACUUCUCUAAAACCGAAAUCCGCUGCACAACAGGACCACGAAAAGGAACGAUAGAAACACAAGUAAGAGUGGAGGUGGACGACAAGGGAAUAGCAACCCAGGACCGAGCAGAUUUUCAAUACAUCGACGUGUGGUCGUCGCCUUAUACAUGGGGAUACAAAAACCCACCAGAAAAAGGAGAUGGUGUUGUUAUUCCCAAAGGACAGACAAUGCUUCUCGAUGUGGACACUCCUGUUUUCUCUUUUUUAGUGAUUAGAGGAGAACUGAUUUUCGAUGAGAAGGACGUAACAUUAAAUUCUGAAAAGAUUCUAGUUACUGACGGUGGAAAACUGCAAGUCGGAACUGAGAACACACCAUUUGAACACAAAGCUAAGAUUAUACUGCAUGGUCACAUGCACAAUAAGAGGUUGCCCAUAUUUGGAACCAAAGUCUUGGCAGUGAGAGAAGGAACUUUGGAUCUGCAUGGGAAAGCUGUGCCCAUCACGUGGACAAACUUAGCUAAGACAGCUGUUCCAGGUGACACUCAGCUGAUUCUAAAGCACUCUGUGACAUGGGAGAUUGGCGACAAAAUAGUUCUUGCGUCCACAAGUCGCAGCCAGCGUGAAAACGAAGAAUUCAACAUAACGAGCUUGUCACCUGACGGACGUACUCUUGGCAUCACCCCGCCUGUAAAAUAUAACCACAUAUCUAUUGUUCAAACCAUAGCCGGAAGAACAAUAGAGACACGCGCAGAAGUAGGACUUUUGACUCGAAACGUCAUCGUUGAAGGUUCAGAAAACGACGAAUGGACCGAAAACAUUCCGGAAUGUCCCGAAGGAUUUGAUCCAGGCCUUUUUGCAGUACAAACUUGUUACCAGGGUCGCUAUGGAAAGUCAAUGGGAAGUGAGCAAUUUGGGUCACAAAUUAUGAUUAACGCAAGGAUGCAAAGUGAGGGAUUGGUUACCGGUAGAAUAUCUUAUGUGGAGGUCCGUAAAGCUGGACAGGCCUUUGGACUGGGUCGCUACCCUAUUCAUUUCCACCUGAGUGGAAACGUCUCCGGCUCAUACGUCCGUGGCUGUUCAAUCCAUCACACCUUCAACCGAGCCGUGACAAUUCAUGGCGUUACUGGAUUACUUGUCGAACAUAAUGUUGCUUAUCAUGUCAUGGGUCACGCUUUCUUUAUAGAGGAUGGAAUAGAAACUGGAAAUGCGAUACAAUAUAACCUAGGAGUCUUUGUCCAGACCUCCAGCACACUUCUCAUAACUGACGUCACGCCAGCUACAUUCUGGGUGACAAACCCUAAUAAUACUGUUCGUCACAAUGCUGCAGCUGGUGGAAGUCACCAUGGCUUUUGGUACAACUUACCCAAACACCCUGGGGGCCCUUCAUUCACCACCUCUGUCUGUCCAAAGAAAUCACCUCUGGGGGAAUUCCAGAAUAACACUGCUCAUUCGUUUGGAAGAUAUGGUUUGUGGAUCUUCAAAGAAUACUUUCCGAUGCGUGGAGGUAGGUGCGAUUCUUCAAUAUCAGAACCAGCCAAGUUCUUCACGUUUCUUGCGUACAAUAACCUUAAAGGUUUCGAGGUCACAAGUGGAGGAGCCAUUCAGACAAUCAACUUCACAGUAAUAGACAAUUCUGAGGCUGGAAUCGAGUUUACCAAUCUGAAUGCUCCUUGGGGUGACAACGGACCUUUAGUGAAAGACUCCCUUGUGGUGGGACACAGCGCUGUAAGCGAAGGUCCUGGUGCAUGCACUCUGGGAGGGAUCGUGACUCCACAGUCUUCGCAACUCACUGUAUCUGGAACCACGUUUGUAAAUUUUGAUUCGCCCUCUUGCGCUGCUCUGCGUGCAUGCUCAUUUUGUGAAGCGAGGCAAGGAGGUUUUACCACGCGAUUUGAAAAAAUCGGCUUUGUUGGUGCACCAAAUAAGGCAGCCUUUAAAUGGGAACACGAGGCUGUAUUUGAAGAUCUAGAUGGUACAUUAACGGGUUUAUCUGGUGGUGGAAGCAUUCUUCCAUCAAAUCCAAAUCUUCCCCCAAAGCGCUGUUUCCAGUCUCCUUCCGCGAGUGUAAGUGGCAUUUCCGGAAGUGUGUGUGACUCGACCAUGCGUUUCCGCCGUAUGGCUUGGAACAAUCCAUUCCCCAGUUCCUUGCUCUAUCGUGACGCUCUCUUAACAAAUGAACAUGGAACAAGCCAUAUCCCCUGGAGGUUUAUGAGGCUCACUCACGAUCAAGGUUGGAUGGCAACUAUUAUUCUCGGACAAAACUAUAAUUUUAGUUUUGACAACGCUCUUCAACUCACCAACAUUUCGUACAGCGCUGUAUUCUACGAAUUUGGUGCCCAGGACUACGUCUGGAUGACUCACCCCAUGAAACAGCUUCCAGAUAUGAUUUCAACAACUGGCAGGUAUAUCAACAUGUCUAGUGGUCUACCGUCUCCAGAGAAUUCGUCAAAUGGUGACUGGUUCUACAAUAAUGAAACCAAAAGACUAACAUAUAUUGUGUCAGGAAAAGGAAGGCUGGAAGUUGGACUCACCGACUUAGACAUAAAAAUGCAGGUUUACCGCUGCUUUUUCAAGAACUGUGUCAAACCCAUUCCACCCCCACCCCCUGAGAAACGUCCCCUUGAAUAUCUGCGAUGGUCAGACCCGGAAGCCUGGUAUGGGACAAUUCCUGGACACGGAGGCUACAACAAACAGCUUCCACAAGAUGGUGAAGACGUCAUCAUACAAAAACACUGGUGGAUGGUAGCGGAUACCGAAAUUCCCGACAUGAGAAAACUCUUCAUAUACGGCACCCUUGAACUGGAACCUUACAUGGACUUUGUUCUAAAUGCAACGUACAUUGUGAUUGGUGAAGAAGGAAACCUUAUCAUUGGCUGGGAAGAUCAACCAAUGACAGGCAAUGUACUUAUAAACUUAAACGGAAAUUGGGAUACUCCAGACAUUCCAAUUCAAGGUGGUCCUAACAUCGGCUCCAAAGCCAUUGCUAUUUUUGGGAAUCUGGAAAUGCACGGUCUGAAUAGAACAGUGUACUGGACGCGACUGAGUAAAACUGCUGACCCAGGAAGUAGCAUUAUUUCUUUACAAGAGGAAGUGGACUGGAAUCCAGGGGAAAAGAUUGUGAUUGCACCAACCUCCUAUGAACCUUACGACACAGAAAUCCAUACCAUAGUUUACGUCUUUCCUGAUCGGAAGACCCUUCAGCUGAACAACACCCUUAAAUACAGACACCUCGCUGAAUCGUACCGCACGGGUACUUGGAACUAUUCUCUAGCCGCUGAAGUGGGUCUACUGACAAGAAACAUUGUGAUCAAGGGCGCUGAUGACGCUGGCCACGUUCUUGAGAAACAGUCUUUCGGUAGUCGCGUGUUGAUUGGCUCGUUUAAUGGCAUGGUUUCAUCUAACAGGAGAUUUCGUAUGGAGAAUGUGGAAUUUCAUCAUUGUGGUCAGGAAGGAUGGAGUGACUAUUUUGAUCCAAGAUAUUGUCUGGCGUUCCUGGAUGUUGGCAAUCUGAAGUCAUCCUACAUCCGGGGUAAUUCAUUCCAUGAUGGCUUCAACACCGCCAUUGGUGUAUUUGGAACACACGAGUUAAUUGUCGUCGAUAACGUAAUUCAUCACACAGUAGGCUCAUCCGUGAGAGUCUGGGGAACAAAUAAUAAAGUUCUUCGUAACUUGGCGGUGUUGAGCGUUUCACCAGCAACUUACAAAGGGAGACAUGAAGUUAACAAUAAACUCUGGCACGCGUCAUUUGACAUCAGCAAAGCCUCUUCCAUCGUUCUCCGAGACAACGCCGCAGCGGGGAGUGAAAGGAUUGGGUUCCACAUCCGGGGGGAGACCUGCUAUGGUGACAGCCCUGAUGGAGGCUGGAAGGGUAACACUGCCCACACUGCCCUCCACGGGAUACAUAUUGGCUAUUCUGACGGUCUGCCUGAUUGUCUUAAGAUUGCUAAUUUUGUCGUUUGGAAAAGCUGGGAUUUUGGCGUGUUUGGUUUCCCAACAUCUCGAGUUAUUUUACAGGAUACAGUCGUAGUGGAUAAUAAUAUCGGAAUCCUGCUAAAUGUUUGGAGACCACCUGCGCUUUCCCACGUAACCGCUAACAAGUUUGUUCAUCUUGAUCGAGUUCUACUAGUUGGCACCAGUCCAAGCUUUCAGUGUGCGAGUGACUUGGUAGCGCCUCGAAACUCUCAUAUCACCGACCAAGUCCGCGCGCCGCGUUACAAAGGGGGCGGUAACACAGCUUUCAUGCUCUCAACGUUUGCAUCGGGACCCGGCCUGGCUCCUGAGAAAGCCUGGCACGGCAUUAACGCUUAUCCAGCAAUACCGGGAGUUGUAAGACUAACUGACGUUGGAUUUGCCUAUUUUGGAACCAAGUGUGGACAUGACAGUGUGGUAUUCACAACCAAUCCAAAGUCCCCAGAUGCAUUCCAUCCAGUCGAAAUACGCGGCAUUUCCUUACAUAAUGUUGAUUAUGAUAAGUUAAUUUAUAUACCACCAUCAAAUAUCGCCUGGAUAAACCCAUCUGACUGUAUUGAUAUGGAUUGUGAUGGAGCUAAGCAUGUUUUGCUUAAGGAUCUUGACGGAACUCUCACUGGUACUUCCGGCGGAAGUGUCAUUUCCAAGGCUGAAUACGAGUGGAAUGGGGACUCGCGAAGAGGACUGGGGGAUUACCGCAUGCCUCGAGCCUUACUUACGUCACCAGACGGUUCGCAGUUGAACGCAUCUGUUGUGGCACCGCAUCAUGGGAUUGUACGAGGAACGCGUGCGCAGAGUUUUUGUUCAUGGAAUGCUGCAUGGAAUGGAUACAAAUGCAGCAAGCUGGACUAUCACAUGUUCAUAAUCGAGAGCUUGGACGCUGACACAGAGCUUCGCAGGCUGUCUCCAGUUGCCUUAUCGUCCAAUGGAUACACAGAUUUGCUUAACGGACCCAUGGAUCAUGGUUGUUGCUUUGGAUACGCGUGCAUGGAGAGAAUAUCGACAUUUUUCUCAAUCGUGGCAACACAACAAAGCUAUACCAUUUAUUUCACUGGCACUAAUCCGCAAAGCCUUCGCCUAAUGUUGCUAAACGCCAACAGCUCCCAAGCUCUUCGAGUUGCUAUUAGGUACACCACAUCUCAGCGGUUGGACGUAUAUCGCACAGGCGCCUUCAUAUUCCCAACUAACGCAAAACUCGACGAGAAAAACUUCAGCUACAAAAAGAAAGAUCCUAAGCUCCCGGAUGGCCAGUUUGAGCCGACAUUAAAUAGCAUCAGUGGGGCCAACUACUACGAUCGAGAAAGCCAACUGCUUUAUGUGUUCGUCAAAGGAAAUGUCCCUUUGGACAUAAGAACUGCUCCAGUUGUACAAGUUAAGCUCGGAAGCAGGCCUGUCCAUUUUAAUGACUUCUUCGAAAAAAAUUUAAUUCAGAAUCUGGCUUCACUCCUUAAUAUCGACGAAUCUCGCAUUCGCGUGGUCGAGAUCGUAAAUGCCGCCGGGAAAAACCGGAGACGACGAAGAGCUUCGGAUGAUGAGGUGAUGACAGUCACAAUCGAAAUAGGCGACCCGCCAGAACGUCACAUUUCUUACACACCUGAGGAAACAUUUUCCCCUGGAAAUUCCACGUUUACUAGUCCUCCUUUUGUUACCGCGACAACCACAGCCUCACCUUCGAAGAGCCCCAUUGGUCAGUACAUUGGUCUCCAGUCCAUAGCUUCCAAAAUUGUGGAGGCAGCACAAACAGGGCACAUGGCUUCCUCCCUUGAUUUGGACAUUUUAUCGAUUAAGGUGACAGAUCCCGAGCCUCCACGAAAACUGCCGGAAGGAUGGAAACGAGCGACACCCGAAGAUGCCGGACCAAAGAAUGGAACAUGGCGGUUUGAUCAAGUCGAAAUGAUGAAAGAAGGCAACAAGUCCAGUCUGGCGCAUGAUUACCUGAUACCUCUUCGACUUGUUAUAGUACAACAACCUCGUGGUGCAAACGAAACUGUUCCUUUUCAAAUUCAACCCAAGCUGGUGAUGGUUGAUAAACUCAACCGCACCGUAACCAUGCUGGGACAUAGUGACCGUGAACAAUGGUAUGUAACUGCGUCAAUCAAGAAUGGCACUGGGGACCCUGGUGCCUUGUUGGGUGGAAAUACGACUGUACCCUGCUAUGAUGGCUGGGCAAACUUUACUAACCUUAACAUUAGCCACAACGGCACAGACUACGUCCUGGAAUACAGAGUAUCCCUUCCUUCUGAAGCUAACUUCACAUCUGCGUCAACACCCUUUGAAGUCAAAGAGAGAGUAUUAUAUUUUGCGCUAGUAAGACACCCAGGUGAUUCCAACGAAACCGUUCCUUUUGGCCAGCAGCCUUUGGUUGAGGUCCGCGACGCUGCUACUGGAGAACUAGUGACGAACACCGGGUGGAAGGGGAGGAAGUGGAUUUGUUUGGCCUCGCUACUUAAUUCACACGACUAUAAAGGAAACCUGAAUGGAUCGUCCAGUGUAGAGUUUUCUGGCGGUGUUGCGUCAUUUCGUGAUCUCGCUAUCGACCAUAAGGACAAUAACUACAUUCUUAUAAUCAAAGCUUUCACAGUUCCAUCAUCACGUUACCAGUUCUCAACUAACACCACUCCUUUUAACGUGAAAGAAAGGGUCUUAGACCUGGUUAUUACUCAGCAGCCAGGAGACUGCAAUGAUACCGUCCCAUGCGGCCACCAACCUGUGCUCGAGAUCCGAGACACUGCCACUAACAUGUUGGUUGGAAAUCUGGGUUGGCGCCGUCGAAAGUGGACGAUUCUAGCUUCAAUGGAAGAAGGAGCUGGAAACCAGGUGCUACUCGGCCAAAGGAAAUUCCAAAUACCAGUUUCAGGGCGCAUAGAGUUUUCAAACUUUAGUUUUUACGAUGCGGCUACCGAUUAUCGAAUGAAAUUCAACGUGUCGGUCAGUCCUUACUCACAAGCAUACUCCGGAAUGUUGGCCAUGUCUGAUUCAUUUGACGUAAAACCAAGGGAGUUUUAUCUGGAGAUCGUCUCACAAGUAGCUCGUGCAAAUCAAUCUGUACCAUUUGGUACUCAGCCAGUGGUGGAAGUUCGAGAUUUGGGGACAGGUAGAAAGGCUGCACCUUUGAAGACCCCAUGGUGGAUUACUGUGUCAUUAUAUGCCAACCCCCAGCCUGGAGGGUCUUUUUUGAAUGGGACAUUUAAUAUUUCAGUAGUUGAGGAGCGAGCUGUGUUUAAUGAUCUCCUCGUAACUUUGUACGGCCUUGGUUAUGUAUUGAAGUUUGAAUCGAGCUAUGGACAUGUUGUCCUAUCAGCCGCUUUUGAGGUCCAUUACGUCAAUGACUAUUCUCCAGUGUUCACUCCAGGGAACCGCACAGUUCAUAUUGAUGAGGGAACAGUCAUUGGCUCCUAUGUCAUGGCUAUCCAUGCCACAGACAAUGACAUUGGAAGUCAGGGUGAUGUCUACUAUACCCUCCAUGCGGGAAACAUCGACAACAGCUUCCAUAUUAACAGGACCUCUGGUGUUAUUACUACUGCGCGUAAAUUAGACCGCGAAAAAAAUGCAGUUUAUAACCUGAAUGUGAAGGCUUACGACGGAGCUGUUGAGGAGAAAGUUCGUUACUCCUUAAACCUUGUUGUAGUUCAUAUUGGUGACCUUAAUGAUAACGCCCCGUGGUUUACCAAAAAUGGAUAUGCAUCUCGAGUAAACGAAACCGCAAACUUAAAUGACGUCGUACUUGGUGUGGACGCAAUGGACCGUGACGCAGGAGCAAAUGCCAAGUUGACGUUUUCUAUCACAUCAGGAAACGUUGACGGUUAUUUUGACAUCAAAGCUGACACAGGAGACAUUCUUGUUAAACGAUCGCUCGAUUUAGAGGGAUCAGCUCCACCAUCCCUGAAUUACAGCUUAGCUGUGCAUGUGACUGACUUGGGAUCACCUACACUGAGUAACUCCACCGUUGUGGUAAUCAACAUAGCACCUGCAAAUGAGUUUUCGCCUCAGCUGACUCACGAGCAAUCAGCUUCUAUUACCUUAAAGGAAAAUUACGAUCCUGGAAAUGGACUGGUGUUGUUUGACGUGAAUGCUACCGAUAAGGAUUUCGGAGUGCAAGGAAUGGUUCAUUAUUUCAUCUACAGUGGUAACAGCGACGGAAAGUUUGCAAUUGAUCGGUCUUCUGGUGUUGUUACGUUGACUUCAUCUCUGGAUUACGAGACAUCACCUCUUUACAGGCUGAUCAUUCGCGCAUCAGACAGUGACCCCACUGGUGGUGCGCGUUACACUGACUUCGACCUACAGGUCCAUGUCGAGGAUGUUAAUGAUAAUCAUCCACUGUUUUCAAACAAUUACACAUUGAUUCAGGUGCCCGAGACGCUUUCCUCAGGUGAAAAGGCUACAAGUUUCCUGGCUACCGAUCUCGACUCAGGUGAAAAUGGGCGUGUGAGUUACGUCAUCACAUCUGGGAACUCGGACGGCUAUUUCAGUCUAAACGCUUACACUGGAGACCUGACUUUACAAAAGAGCCUCGAUCUGGAGUCUGCUCAAGCACCUUACCCCAACUUCACACUUUUGGUCGAGGCGAAGGAUUAUGGGAAUCCGCAGUUGUCUAACAAUGCUACAUACGUGUUGAAAGUCAAAGAGGUUAAUGAAUUCACUCCAGAGUUCACUCACCCUGGCCGUUCAUUGCAGAUUCCAGAAGAUACUGCUGUUGGAACGCUGUUAUGCCAAGUGACAGCCACGGACAAGGACUUUGGGCUUGAUGGACUCAUAACAUAUCAGAUAAUAAAUGGAAAUGAGGACAGGCGUUUUCGGAUCGAGUCUUCUGGGAAAAUAUUCAUUCACGCUCCUUUGGAUCGAGAGACAACAUCAAAGUACCAACUGGAAAUAAAGGCUUCUGAUUGGCCUGUUCAGAUAGCCGAUCAACGUUCGUCUGUCAUGAUUGUGAAUGUAAGUCUAAGGGAUAUCAAUGACAAUAGACCAGUUUUCAGCAAAGGUUCAUACUACGUCGCUGUCAAGGAAACUGUGAAAGUGGGCAGUGACGUCAUCACAGUGCAAGCAAGUGAUACUGACGCAGGUUCAAAUGGCCAAGUUGUGUACAAAAUCAAGUCAGGUAACACUCCUGGCUUCUUUGAAAUCGACUCUAACACUGGAAUAAUAAAAGUAAGAAAAAGCCUUGAUCUGGAGGCACAGCAACACGUGGCCGAUCUUCUUUACACCCUUACAGUCAAGGCAUUGGACAAAGGUAAGGUGCCACAAACCAACGAGGUGCUUGUUAGCUUGGAAAUAGUGAGCGUGAACGAGUUUGCACCACAGUUACAACAUUCCGCAAGUAUCUACGUAAAACUCCCUGAGGAUACUGCUGUUGGUUCCAUUGUUGGGGACAUAAAUGGCACGGACAAAGACUUCGGAAUGGACGGGCAACUCAGUUAUUCGAUUGUAGCUGGUAAUAAAGACAACAAUUUUGAUAUCAAUUCCAAAACUGGUGUGAUUAUCGUCAACAAGGAUCUGGACUAUGAGACAGUCGUGAGGUACACCCUUGUUGUACGUGUAAGCGACAACGCUCCAUCAGCUCAGCGGCUCUCCACGAUUGCUAAGGUGACAGUUCGACUCACCAAUGUGAAUGACAGUGGAGGUGUGGAUGUGCUUAUUGAAGAUGUGAUCAACAAGAUAAGUCCCCCAGGGGACCCAGCUGUUGCAGUUGGCGUUGCAAUCAGUAGUCCGAUAUCAGUGCUGUUGCUGUUUGAAAACGGUAACCGUGAAAAGCUAUCUGACGAUGACAGCAGAUUGACAUUUGAUGACAAGUCAGAAUCAGGUGGACUGUUCUCAGUUGUCUCGGCUAGUGGCAAGAGAGUGAUUGAAGCAAACCACCAGGGAUUACUGGGUCAUGGCGUUCUUAUUGUCCGUGUUCACAACGUAUACAAUGUUCGUGUAAAAAUCAACGUAGUUGGGUUUUCUUCGUUACAACUAUCAGCUGUACCUUAUCCAACCACAAAAAGAUCAAACGUAACCUUGAAAUCGCUAAAGCGCAUAGGUAAUCGUCAUGGCAACGUCCAGUCAGCUGCUCUUGUUCUGAACCUCAUUUUAACGGAUAACUCCACCUAUAACGUUACCAAGAUGAUAUCAGCCUCCUUCAGUGUCGUAAGCAAUGACGUGGGUGUUAAAGUUUUGGUGGGUCCCAGCCCGAGGAACGUGUUGUUUGUAGAGAGAAUAAGCAUCAGUGGGAAUAUAAGUCUUAUUGGAAAGUUCUCCGGGAGAGCUUCUAGUCAGCUAAGGCUUGAAGUUUCAACUGAAGUAAUAACUGUCAAUGAAAUAGUAGCUGUAGAAAUAACUGGGCUUAGGAAUCAAACUCUUGUUGGUCCUGCUUUUGCCACGCAAGCUCAGGUACAAGUGGACUUUGCCAUGAACGACAGCUCCAUGUUUAGGGUGCAGAAUUUCUCUACAUUUCCGGGACUUGUUGCAUUCAAAAGCAGCCAGGAAGAUGUAGCGUUGGUUGAUAACACGACUGGCGUUGUCACGUUGUUGUCAGAUUAUUAUGACUUGGUAACCGUGACAGUGACUCCGCUUCAGGGUCUAGCUGAGCCACAUAUAACUCAGUUUUAUUGCAAUACAGUCCCUCCAGUGGGAGGUGUUGAUAUUGGGCAGAAGUACGGCCCCGCAAUACCAGCUUUAAAAGCUAACCAGCAAAUUACCAUCCCUGUCCGAGUGAAUCCAGGAAAGGCAAAACUUCUUGCGUUUGAUGUAAAGAUUUCAUUCGACGAAAGUCAAAUCCAUUUUGUCGACCUGAAGGGGAGUCGUGCAUACUCUUACACUUACGGUCAGUUACACAUAGCAGAUCUGACAAACCCUGAUAAUGCUACUUCACAUGUUGCUGAUCUAGUUUACGACUCCUUGGUAAACGGUGUACCUACCAUUCAAGCAACAGUAAACAUGUUAAUGGAUCAAAACUUGGGUUACAUAGGUGACUUUUCACCUACUCUGACACCAUGCCAGAGCUCACAGCUGGGAGAUGUCAACGCAGACUGUGUAUUUGAUAUCAAAGACCCUGCUUUCGCUUUGGCGUACAGCUUAGCAGUAGAAAAUAACUUCAAUAGUGAAUUUGGGCAAAUGUUGCUAAAGCGAACAACCACUAAAAUGCUACAAGUCAUGGAUUUCAAUCUAAAUGGAGUUCUAGAACGGAACGAUGCAUACCUGUUAGCACGUGCAAAUAUGGAUAUGGUGCGAUUCUUAAACCUCUUUCAUAUGACCGUCCCUGAUCACCAGAAUGCCUCUACAAACUGCGAGUUCGAAUUAAUAGCUGAGUUGAGCACUCGAGAUGGAACCAAAGAGAAAAAUGCUGACACCCAACUAUACUUCGAGUUGGCUGGAGGAUCUGACAUCUUGAAUGCACAGCUUGAAAGCACCUCAUUCAAUGCAGGAGAACUGGUAGCCACUUAUAAUCAUGAGCACGAGUUGUUUGGAGGUAUCGUGAAGGCUGAACAUCGAGGCGAGAGCUUUUUAGUGGUGGCUAAACAGUUUCAAGUAGAAAUGGAAGACCUAGGCGUGUCCAUGAUUCAGGUAACGAAGGGUGGUCAGUGGCCCGAACCAGUGGUCACACCUCUGUUUAUGUUUUCACGUUAUCAAAUGUUCCCUGCGCCAAUAAGGGUUCAAUUGGCGCCAAACGCUGCCCUGGUGGUCAGCAGUGGACACUCGCCUCAGAUAACUGUCAACAUUUCAGAGUCAUCAUCAACAUGUCUUGAUCCACCUGUCAUGAAAAACGUUAUGUUUGUUUUCCAAAACGAUUUCUCAAAAGUCGAAGGAAACAAGGACAUCUUUGUGAAAACGAUCAUAAAAGACCUAACUUCAAGAUUCUCACGUGCAAAGAUUGAUAAUGUGACACUCGCACGAGGCAGCAUCCUGGUUUAUUUUGACAUUACGGCCCAGAGAUCCCAGAUAGACAAGACCCUAGUUGCAUUAUGGGACAUGAUCAAGUCGGGGUACAUUUUGCGUGUGAACAACACGGAGUAUCAAGCUCAAAUGGUCAUGCGCGUGGACGGACGAGAUUAUCACGGUAAUGAUAAGGUGUUGCAUGCAGAGGAAGACCGAUCAACAUUUCCAACAGCUGCAGUAAUCACUGUAUGCGGGGUCGUCGUUCUUGGUGUUAUCACUGGAGUGGCCUUCUUCUUCUGUAGGAAACGUGUUCGACGAGCAAAAGGCAAACAUUCAUGGAAAAGCGCAUCGAAAAUCAACAUGAUCGAUUCGAAUUCAGCCUCGCAGAGGGUUCAAAAGAUGGGAGAUACCGAGAUGAUUCUGUUCAGCGGAUUAACCAAUGACUGUUUCGAGUCGUCGGACAAUGAAACACCUCCAUCGUCGAGGCCCUCUUCAAGAAACACCUCAGCGAAAACAGGUAACUUUUCUAAGCGGAAGGUACGCAAAGUGAAUUCUGCCUCGUCCCAGGCGUCUUUUGAAGCGUGGUCGGAGAACACUUCUCCCGCGCUUGUUAGGCGCACUCCACGGCUUCCACUCUCGUCUCUAACAAUCGACGCCAACAUCAGAGAUUCAUCGAUUCUUGGUAGACAGACGGUGAUACAGAAAAGUGACAGCCAAAUCUUGGUGCAAGAGAACUCCUCAACUGAAGGAUCACCGAUUAAUUUAAGCCCGCAAACACCAAAACGAGGACUAUCACCGCAAAAGUUACGACUGCAAGCUCAAAAUGGUUCGUCCUUUGGCAGUGAUUCGUCAGACGAAGAGUUGACAAGGAAUGGGACACCAUCUUCGGCUAACUCGGGUACUCCCACCAGGAAAUCUUUAAAAGACCAAAGCUCUAGGCAUUUUAUUUUUGAGAAAGCUGUGUUGUACAAGAGGCUGAUGGCUCAAGAAUCACCUCAAACAAGAUCUCGUGAUUCUAGCCGCCCCUCUUCCGGUCACAGUACACCCAAAAUGAACGUCACUUUGCUUCCUCCUGGAUACUUAAAGGGCAAGGAGUCAUACACUGUCAGACUUCCCGUGAAUGUCCUCAACACAGUCGCGGAAGGAGAAGGAAGAAAGCCCUUCACGAAAAUCGGCUUCGUCGAGUUUCCUAGCGAUGCUACCCUUGCUGACACUCGAGAAAUACUCAAGAAGGAAUUCUUGGAAACCCUUCUUGGACGAGUUUUCUUAUUUCAAGACGCCAUGAUGGCUGAUGUAGAACCAUCCAGCGAGGCAACAACCAAGAGCAUGUAUAACUUGUCGGUAAUCAUCAGAUUUGCUAACACCCAAGAAGCAGCGCUUCUGUUUUGUCCAUGUGGUGCUGCAGCUCAUUUCCAUUGCUCUGCGUGUCACAGGCGUGGUUACUGUAGCCGAGACUGCCAAGCGAUGGACUGGCACCGGCACAAGAUCGCUUGCGAAGACGAACAAGUCUCCAGUGUGUAAAAGUUCCCCCGAAGGAAAAGAGUACAUAUCGUGCUAUUUAUUUAGUAUACAUGUUCACUCGUGUGUGAUUCCGUCUUGAGAGCGUUGAUUUUCAUUCCAAUGCCGAAGUAAAGAGUUCAACGUGAAAAAAAAAAUAAGGCUUCUAUAACCCCAACAAAUGAUCCUUAUCUAAAAACGCAUCUUCCGACCUAGUAACUUGAGGUCCGAGGUAGUCUUUCCACGUCGUUGCUUUGUAGUUCACUCUCUGUUUCCGCGUUUUUUGUCUAUGCAACUUGACUCUUGAGAGCGAAUUCUUAUCCCGCAAAGCGCCUUAGAGGCCAGGAUAUUUAACUCGCUAAGGGAUGUAAGGUCUUGGGAUAAUAUUUAUCACGAAGAAACGUAGAAAUUGUAAGCCUCUAAGUACUGGAAGUGUGAAAUAAAUACGUCAUUCUCCAUUAUAUUUGAAAUUUUGGUUGUUCAUACAAAAAAAAUACACCUUCUAACCUAUACCUUCCAAUGGCAACCUGCUGGCUUCAGAAGCUUCCCGUUUCCGGAAAUUUUGUUUUUCGUGCUACUGUCAUACUUACUUCGGACGGUCAUUCCAAACGCACUUCUAAGUGUUUUUCUAUUCUUCCCUUCUUUCCUUUUUUAGACGAGAGGUGAUAUACGUCGGGCUAAUUACAUGUGUAUGUCUUCAUGCUCUGCUUGCAGUUAUCAGAAGCAGUCGGUUUCGUCGUUGCACUAAAUUCCGAUUACAUAAUUCAUUUUAAAAAUAACUUCUGAUACAAUUU